AGGAAGGCUUUCACAGGGUGGAAGGGAUUUCUCCUCAUUCCACUGUAACUCAGACUAGCGCAGACAGAAACAAGCAGGGUUAUUCCUAGACAUAAGCCCAACAGUGGACACAGCCAGGAUGGAUCUCAGAUGCACUAUGGGACUGAGUACCACUGUCUAUGUGAUGGCUCUCCUGCUCUCUGGUGCUGCUUCCAUGAAGAAUCAAGCAUAUUUCAACGAGACUGGAGAUCUCCCAUGCCACUUUACAAACCCUCAAAACAUAAGCCUGGGCGAGCUGGUAGUAUUUUGGCAGAACCAGGAUAAGUUGGUUCUGUAUGAGCUCUUCAGAGGCAAAGAAAACCCUGAGAAUGUUGAUCCCAAUUACAAGGGCCGUACAAGCUUGGACCAGGAUAAUUGGACACUGAGACUCCACAAUGUUCAGAUCAAAGACCAGGGCUUGUAUCAGUGUUUCGUCCAUCGCAAAGGGACCGGAGGAAUGGUUCCCAUCCACCAAAUGAGUACUGACCUGUCAGUUAUUGCUAACUUCAGUCAACCUGAAAUAAUGCUAACUUCUAACAGAACAGAAAAUUCUGACAUCAUAAAUUUGACCUGCUCAUCUUCACAAGGCUACCCAGAACCUAAGAAGAUGUUUUUUCAGCUAACAACCGUGAAUUCAACUACUGAGUAUGAUGCUGCCAUGAGUAUAUUUCAAAAUGAUAUCACAGGAUUAUACAGUGUUUCUAUCAGCUUGUCCUUUCCAAUAUCUCCUGGAAUGAAUGUGAGCAUCUUUUGUCUCCUGCAACCUGAGCCAACACAGACACAGCUUCUCUCCCUACCAUACAAAAUAGAUGCAAAGCCACCACCCCCGGCUGUCACAAACUAUGCCAUCGUGAUUGUAGCUGUACUUGUAUCAUGCAUCUGUUUGUGUGUGCCGGUGCUCCAUCUAAUACUAAAGAGAAGGAAGAAGAAGCAGCCUGGCCCCUCUCACGAAUGUGAAGCCAUCAAAAUGGAAGGGGAAGAGAGUAAACAGACCAAGACGAGAGUAGAAAAUCAUGUACCUGAAAGAUCUGAUGAAGCCCAGUGUGUUAACAUUUUGAAGAUGGCCUCAGGUGACAAAAGUACUACACACUUUUAA